AUGCGUUCUUUUAUUCUUCCUGUGCUCGCUACGGCUGCUUUGUCGCAAGCUUCAGCCAUUCCGUCCGAAUUACUUUCUUCGAAGCGUGCCGUAGGGAACUGGGACGAUGCCCAUGCGAAAGCGACUGCUGCUCUUGCAAAACUAUCACAGAGCGAGAAGAUCGGCAUCGUUACGGGUGUUGGCUGGCAGAACGGUAACUGCGUUGGCAACACCAAACCGGCUGCCUCGAUUGGAUAUCCGUCGCUCUGUCUGCAAGAUGGACCCCUCGGCGUUCGCUACAUCCAAGGUGUAACUGCAUUCAGUGCAGCUAUCCAUGCCGCCAGCACCUGGGACCUCGAUCUCAUUCGUGAACGCGGCGCCUUCCUUGGUGCUGAAGCAAAGGAGCUGGGCGUCCACGUUCAGCUCGGGCCUUCAGCUGGACCUCUCGGAAAGUUUGCCAACGGUGGCCGAAACUGGGAAGGAUUCGGUUCCGAUCCCUACCUCCAAGGCAUUAUGAUGGCAGAGACCAUUGAGGGUAUGCAAGAAUCCGGUGUUCAAGCGACAGCUAAGCACUGGAUUGUCAACGAACAAGAGCUCAACCGAGAGACUAUGAGCUCAGACGUGUCGGAUCGAGUGCUUCGCGAGCUCUAUGUAUGGCCAUUCAUGGAUGCAGUCCACAGCAACGUCGCAGCCUUUAUGUGCAGUUACAACAAGGUCAACGGAACUUGGGCCUGCGAGAGCGAUGGUGUGAUGAACAAGCUCCUGAAAGACGAACUUGGUCAUCGUGGAUACAUCAUGAGUGACUGGAAUGCCCAACACACGACGACCGGUAGUGCAAACGGCGGAAUGGACAUGACCAUGCCCGGCACCGACUUCAGUGGAGGCAACGUUUUCUGGGGCCCACAGCUUCAGUCCGCCAUCGACAAAAAGCAGGUUCAACAAUCUCGCCUCGAUGACAUGGUCAAGCGCGUGCUCUCUUCCUGGUACCUCCUUGGUCAGGACAAGGGCUAUCCCAAUGCCACCUUUAGCUCCUGGAACAUCGGCACUCGCCAGGUCGGUGGCAACCACAAGACAAACGUUCGUGCUACGGCUCGCGAUGGUAUCGUCUUGUUGAAGAACACAAACGCUACACUACCCUUCAAGAAGCCCAAGAGCAUCGCUGUCAUCGGAAGCGACAGCAUCGUUGCGCCCAAGGGAGCUAACGCAUGCGUUGAUCGCGGAUGCAACGACGGCACACUAGCCAUGGGUUGGGGCUCUGGAUCAGUAGAGUUCCCCUACCUCAUCGCUCCUCUCGAUGCCAUGAAGACGCAAGCUCAGAAAGACGGCACAACCAUCACCUCUUCACCAAACGACAAUGCGCAACAGGGCGCUAGUGCAGCUCAGAACGCUGACGUAGCUGUCGUGUGCAUCAACAGCGAUGGUGGCGAGGGAUACAUCACUGUCGAGGGCAACGCCGGCGACCGAACUAACCUCGACCCGUGGCACAACGGAAACGAGUUGGUCAAGGCAGUUGCUGCCGUCAACAAGAAGACCGUCGUCGUGGUCCACAGCGUCGGUCCCGUCAUCAUGGAACAAUGGAUCGAAAACCCGAACGUAGUAGCUGUUGUUUGGGCAGGCCUGCCAGGUCAGGAAUCCGGAAACGGCCUCGUCGACAUCUUGUACGGCGCCGCCUCGCCAAGCGGCAAGCUCCCCUACACCAUUGCGAAGAAAGAAUCAGACUACGGCACCACCAUUGCCAGGGGCGACGACAAGAACUGGGAUCUCUUCAUCGACUACCGUCGUUUUGACCAGCAGAACAUUACACCCAGAUUCGAGUUUGGCUUCGGUCUCUCCUACACCAACUUCACCUACUCCGACCUCAGCGUCUCAGGCAAGCCCUCGGCUGGUCCCGCAACUGGUGCCAAGGGUCCCGGAGGCCCUGUCGAUCUUUUCGAGACGGUCGCCACCAUCACAGCCAAGAUCAACAACUCUGGUGGUGUUGCAGGUGCAGAAGUUCCGCAAUUGUAUCUCGGGUACCCUGCGUCGACCAACUCGCCUCCCAAGCAAUUGAGGGGUUUUGCGAAGCUCAAGUUGGCAGCUGGUGCGAGCGGAACUGCUACUUUCAAGCUGAGGAGAAGGGAUAUGAGCUUCUGGGAUGAGAAGACCAGGAAGUGGAGCGUUGCGACUGGAGAGUACAAGAUCUUUGUAGGAUCGAGUUCCAGGGAUGUGAGGCUGACAGGUAAGAUCACUGUUUAG